AUGAUAUUUGGACACCGAAAAAAACUUAACGAGAGAUUGUUAGAUGGAGGUCCCGUUGGUUCUAAAGCAUGGUGCUCUGAUUCUGGGUGGAUUACCAGUGAACUUUUUAUAAAAUGGUUAAAUUUUUUCAUUCAAUGUGUACGUCCCAGUAAAGAUCUCCCAAUUUUGCUUAUUUUGGACAACCACAUCUCUCAUCAAAGCUUAGAUGGUCUGAACUUGGCAAGGGACUGUGGAGUAAUAAUCCUUUCUGUGCCACCCCACACUACGCACAGACUUCAGCCCCUUGAUGUGGCUGUAUACAAACCGUUCAAGGCAGCAUUCGAAGGGGCAGUAGACAUGUUCCAAAAGAAUCAUCCUGGGCGCAGAAUAACCCAGUUUGAUAUAGCUCAAUUAGUAAAAAUAGCAUUUGAAAAAAGUGCCACCGUUCAGACAGCAACAAAUGGUUUUCGAAAAUGUGGAAUAUUUCCAUUUAAUCGAAAUAUUUUCUCCGAAACCGACUUCGCUCCUGCUGAAGUUCAUUUUGUUGCUCCUGAAAAUAAAACUGACCAAGACGAAAUUAGGAGUCAAGCUACUGCAGUAACUUUGAGAACUGAUGAAGACGAUACUGACUCUGACGAAGAUAUCUCUUUAGCCGCCCUCAAGAAUAGUGUCAAAAUUACUAAAGAUACUCGGUCAGUAGUCCCUAGUUGUGAGAUAGCCCAACCUGGUUCAUCAAGAAUUAAUAAACCUGGUGUCAAUGACAAAAAUAACAACGCUUCUCCGGUGUUUGAUUCUGCUAUCGAAAUAGACAAAAGUAUGGUUGUUAUCCAAGAUGUUUUAAACUCAACACCUCCAGCUUCCCCUGAAAAACAAAUAACAUGUUUGGUAUCCCCAAAAGAUAUUUUCCCCCUACCUAAAGCCGCACACUCAGUAAAUGAGGCUAGAAAAAGGAAAUGUCAGAAAUCGGAGAUAUUAACAAGUUCUCCUUAUAAGCUAAUGCUCGAAAACAAAGGAAAAGAAAAACUUAAAAAACCAAAACAGUGUAACCUACAGAGCAGCUUAGAUAAAGAUGGAAAGAAUUCUGAAGGGAGUGGACAAAAGAAAAAAGGAAUCCCUAGAUCGAAGCCAAAGCAAGAAAACAAUAUAUUCUGCAUUACCUGUGGUGAAGAAUAUGAAAAUCCUCCAACGGAAACCUGGAUUCAAUGUUCACUUUGCGAAGAAUGGGCACAUGAACUGUGUUCAGAUCUAUCUGGAAUGAAGAAACUUUUCUUUUGCGAUAAUUGUCGGUAG